AUACUCCAAAACGCCUACUACACCUCUCCCCCCGGCGACCUCUGCGACUCCAUAAUGCGUACCUGUUUCCUCCCGCACUCCCGCAUCUUCCCCUCCUCCUCCUCUCCCUCACCCCGAACCAUGCACGUCAUCGACCUCUGCACCUACUUCACGACCCCCUCCCCCCUCCUCCGCACCGCGUACCCGCGCCUCAGCGACGCAACCGCCACAAUCCUCAGCCACACAAACAACCCUUGCAUAACCGCCUUUCUCAACCCUUCCGUGCAGGAAUUCACAUAUAAGCGUGAAGUACAAGGCCGAAAAGGUGGGACUACUUUGUUAAUCCGUCGAUAUGGCAAUUGCGUAAUCGCAGGAUCCUACCGUAACCUUGGCUUCUCGCUCCAAUGGAGCUUGUACGUUCGAAGCAAGUUCAAUGCGCUGGGGCAGUGGUACGAGGAGUUUGCCGCGCCGGCGUGCGGUGCUACGCCUGUGGUGCGGGGAGAGGUGAUGUGGGAUGUUUUCACGCCUGAUGGUGAGAUGUCAGGUGAUGAGCAGCGGGAAUGUAGUGUGGAUGCUGGACUCCGCGGGAUGAGGGGGUCGGGGGUGAAAAACGGAGAUGGAGAAGGAGAUGAAGAGGAUGAGGGGGAAAGUGGGAGGGAGGCCAAGUUUGCGUUGUAUCAGAGUAGGGUGCUUGCACGGUAUUUACUAUGGGAUGUUUGGGUUAGGUUGGAAGGGCGGUACGAAUGUAGGGCUACGUGGGAGGCUGAUGGGGAAGUUAGCACUGUGAGGUUGAAGCGAGGGCUUGUUGGGUUUGAUGACGAUGAAGAG